AGAAAGGUUGUUGCACUCCUCCAAACAGUGACAGGAUGGGUCGGGGGGAGGAACUGAGCGACUUCCAGCGCGGCACCGUGGUGGGAUGCCACCUGUGCAAGAAGUCCGUCCGGGAGAUCUCCGCCCUGCUGGAGCUGCCGCGCUCCACCGUGAGCGCCGUCAUCCUCAAGUGGAAACGCGGAGGAAUAACCACGGCUUUGCCCCGGAGCGGCCGCCCGCACCGGCUCAAGGAGGAGGACCGGCAGCUGCUGGAGAAGGUGGCGCUGCAGGGCUGCCUGACCUCCAUCAAGGCCAUCGCUGCUCACUUCCAGGCCGCCUCCGGCUCCAGCGUCAGCUUCAGCACCGUCCGCAGGGAGCUGCACGAGAUGGGCUUCCGAGGCCCGGUGGCCUCGUACGGAAAACCCCGAGAGCAACAGAAAGCUGCUGAGAAGGAUUCAGUGGCCGAUCAAGAGGAUGGAAAGGUGGACGUGUCUCGUCUGGACCUGCGUGUUGGACGUGUUAUGAUGGCUGUGCAGCUGCCAGACAAUGAAAGCAUGUACAUGCAGAUCGAAGUGGGAGACUUUUUUGCCAGGACAGUGGUCAGCAAGCUGGCUAAGCAUAUAUCUGUGGACCAGAUGCAGAAUCGUCCGGUGGUCCUGCUGUGUAACCUGCAGCCCGUCGUGACGGGAGGAUUUGUAAACCAGGCUCUGCUACUUUGUGCCAUCUCACAAGACAGGGUGGAGAUCCUCAACCCUCCAAGUGAAGCGGUACCAGGAGACAGAAUUUCUUUCCAGGACUUCCCAGGUGAACCAGACAAGGAACUGACCCCAAAAAAGAAGGUGUGGGAGCAGAUCCUGCCUGACCUGUGCACGGACGCACAGUGUGUCGCAACCUACAAAGGAGCUCCAUUUGAAAUCAUUGGAAAAGGGGUGUGCAAAAGUCAAACCCUGAGUGACAGUGAAAUAAUGGGGGAUUUUUACUGAGCUGCUCAGAAUAGAUGAGUGCAAAUCCUUGCAGCUGGCCAAAAUCCAAAGUGUUGUGUGGAGAGGUUCCCGAGAAAGCUAUCGAAGACGCACAAUCACGGCUUUAGAAUCACAUAUCCAACAAUCAGAGGGCGUGGUUAAUAAGUGUACAUGCACUUUUUUGCUGUAAACAAAAUGACAUUCAUGAGGAAGAUCCCUCUGCUGGACAGAUGUAAACCGAUAUGUGGGGUUUUGUACGGUAGAGGGCGCCACGGGACCCAUGAGUUGACACAAUACCUGUGUGAUGUUUGGUUCCCAUGAGACGGACAGAGGCAAAAAAAGGAAGUUCUUUCAGAGAGUCCCCUUUUAAAGCUGGGAACUACGUGGUGAAAAGGGUAAAACUUUCAAGCCGAGACUAUGAAGGUCACUUCCAAAUAAUCAUAGCUGACACUCCCCAGGAGUCCCUUUUAAAAACAGGGGAGUUUGAGCAGUUUUACUUUCCUUUGGUGGUUUGGAUGAGUUGAAAACGAAUUCAGAAAUGAUUCAGGCAUUAUUAUAGAAUCUGUUAUUUUGUCACGAUGAUUUGUUUUUUUAACCAAAAAAAAAAGUAU